ACAACAACUGUGAAGCUACAGUGUAGAAAUGAAGGAAAAUAACUGCCAACCAGGCGUUUAGAUAAAUGACAAAUUCUGCAUUUAUAUCAUUUAUGCUACUAUAAAUGCAUUAAUAUUUGGAUUGCUGAUCUGUUGACCUCUGUCAUCCUGUUUGUAUGUUUUAUUUUUUUACUCCAACAUUUAUGGUUUUUCCUUUUACAUACCAGAACAUUAAAUUCUAUAUUUUCCUUGGUUUUCAUAUAGUAAUAUAUAGCUAUAAAAACUGCCCUCGUCCCGUUUUCCUUAUGAUUCCUGAUGGUAAUUGCUGGAUGCAGCAGCUUAGAUGAUGGUUUCACAGAAUGAUCACACAGCGGCAGCUCCUUCUCAUUCUGUGCACAUCAAAGCUCACCCAUGAAGUUUCUUAUGAGAGGGCAGUACAGUUUUCUUCUUUUGGCAGCCUUAUAUGCAAACCCAUGGACAGCACAUUACCACUGAACACAACCUAAAACACGGCCAUCAUACUUUAAGCGUGUCCCUUUUCUCUUUGUCUGGAAUUUAGCAUUUGCUAGACACAUAUUCUGGGGAGAGAGAUGGUGCAGUCAGACAUCUUUAAAUCAGCCCGUGGAUCCAAAAACAAAUCACAAAAUGAAUCAAAAGAAAAGUCGCCAGCAGCGACUGGGGAAAUAUCCAUGCAGAGACUUACUGAGCAGUGUAAGAGAUUUAAAGAUAUUAUGCAGAUAUCCUUUACAUUAACAAAUCACAAAUGUUUAAUAUGUUUAAAGUGAUUUAUAGUAUUAAAGCCACAGAUUACUCCUGUCUGUCCUACGAGACAUUCACUGCCCCACUCACUGUUACGCUCAACAACUACAACAGUGUUGCUACAGUGACACAAAUGUUUAGUUUUUAAUGUAUAGUUGUUCCAUGUUUAUGUUUAGUCUGCUGUCGUACUCUUACCUCUUAUCUCCACUGUAGGUGAGCUCCUGUUUGAUUCCUCUCUGACUGACUUACUGUGUAUUCACGAUAAGUAAUUCAAAGACAUGAUUAUAUUGACUUUACCAUUUACAUUCAUAAGAAAUACUUUCAACUUUUAACAUUUUAAUAUUAUGAUUAAUAACCUGUCCUCAAACCCAUAACACAGUGUAGAUAAGAUCACUGACUAAACACUCAAAUACCAAUUAUAAAAGUGUUUAUUUAAGUGUUAAUUUCUACAAAUUAGAUACAUGUUAUGACCCACAUAUACAUGUUUAACGGAUCAUGAUGUAAGUCCAUUUUGUUAUACUUUCACCAUUGAAAGUUUAAUAUUGGCAGAACUACAAAAGAAAACUGCAGCACUGUGGCGUUGAAACAGAUUGAAACAUGAAUUGAAUGUCUGUCUGUAAUCUUUCAGAUAAGGUAAAGGAAAGCAGUCGAGUCGUCCUCUUUUUUGCCUUUAGAGUUAAAUUCUAUUGCUGCUACGCCCUCACAUACAAAGAAUGAUAGUGAGGGGAGUUAUCAUGGAAAUACCACAGAAUGCAAACACACCCCCUCCUCUCCCCUCAGACAAUCAGACAGAGAAGAAAUGAAAGGUAGUGAGAAAGAGUGAGCGGUAUAGAGCAUCAAGGGGUGAUUAUGGUUAAUUACUGCUUUCUGGAUGUGAAGUCUGCAUUCAAAGAAAGUGACUAACCAUGGGCUGUGUGAGUGCAGAAACAUUUACAAGGCAGACGGCUGGGCACAGAGAAUAGCUUUGAAACAUACAUAGAAGAUGCCGUUAAAUGUUUACGACAGGUAGGGAUAUGAAAGUGACUUUGAAAUGAUGAAAGGAAUGUCUGUGUCUCAGUGUGAUAACUCUCAGUCAGUGGCUUGAAAACUUGAUUUUUCUGUGGUUUUUCCCAUGAAAGUAUUCACCUCCAGAUACAGAUACAGUACAUAAACACAGUCAGGACAGAAAAUCAUAAAGACCUGUCAAAUACUGGAUAAUAUGAUGCCUUAAAGUUCAUUCUACUUUUGAAAAGCAUACAGUAGUAGUAUCUUUGUGGCUUUCAGCUGUUGUAGUAAUUUUUGAGAGAGCAGCUUGUCGUGUUAUUGGAACAGAAUUGUUGUCGAUAAUUCCCAUGAAAAGUCUCAAAAGUUAAUGAAUUGCUCUGACUAACAAACAUUUCUUGUUUGGCCAAAGCCUAAUAGAUCUUAUAAUAUGUGUCCAGCAGCUCCAGUGUUUAAUUAAAAUGAUAAUAGUGAGUCACAGUGGGUAACAUAUCCCUCAAUGAAAAACAAGGACACCAGAGUUUAUUCUGGGUCAGUCCCACAUUCACCUGCUGCUGUAAAUACUCUCUGGACAACCAAAUGAAUAUUAACACCAUUUCCUCUUGUUUGAGUAACAUUUGCUAAAAAAAGUUCAGUGGCCAACAGUUGUAGGAAAUUAUUCAGCUGUUUUUGGAAUUCAAACAAUAUGUUUGUGAGCUGUUUGUUAAGGUUUACCCUCCUCAUUGGUUCUUGCUUGCAGGGGAGUGCAUGCUCCUUGCUCCUGUGGCCUAGUUGGGCUGAGUAAUAGAAGGCUACUUGCUAUGUUUCAGGGUCUGGUGCAGCUGGUGAAGGCAGGGGGUCUUGGUGACCCCUGAGUGAUUAGGAGAAAUUGUGAGUCUGAUUUAAACCAGAGUGGUGCUUAGUUACUGGACUUUUGUGCCAGAAGUGAACUGGGAAAACUGAGGGUAAAUGUCUCAUUCAGGCGUUUUUCCACCACAGUGUUCAACAGAUAAAACUUUCCUGUCCUUUCAGAGAGAGGGAGAGAUAGUUGACUGACAGGCACAGUUCAUCACAUCCUACAAAGUGAUCCUCAAAUCAUUUUUACUCAUCUCUCUCUCUCUCUGUCCCUCUCUCUCCAUGUGCACCUGAGCUGAUGCUGCAAAACAAGGCCACGUGGGACUGACCAAUCAGAACAGGAGGAGAGCUCCGAGGCUUGGAUGAGAGGGGCGUGCUCAACCAGGCCGACAAACUACUGCAGCACUAUGGAUAUUGGAGAUUGUCCCUUCCGGAAGAAACGGAGACCAUGGCGCAUGGACUUCUCAUCCUUCGCCUUGGUAACCGUGGCGCUCGCCGUGUGCCAAACGACCGUGGUUCGGGCAGACCCAGUGGAUGUGUUGCGGGCUCUGCAGGUUCCCUCUCUCCCUGAGGGCGUGAAGAAAGUCCCCGGCUUCUGCACAUCCCGUCGCUCCAGCAGCCCCGAUCAUGCUUACCGCAUCACCAAGAAGGCCCAGAUCUCUGCCCCCACCAAGCAGCUCUUCUCAGGUCGUUUCCCAGAGAACUUCUCCAUCAUGGCUCUGGUUAAGGCCCAGGCUGGUCUCCAAGCUUUCCUCCUCUCCAUCUACAGUGAGCAGGGCAUCCAGCAGCUCGGCAUUGAACUGGGACGCUCACCUGUUUUCCUGUACGAGGACCAGAACGGCAAACCAGCCCCUGAGGACUACCCACUGUUCAGAGGCGUCAACCUGGCUGAUGGCAAGUGGCAUCGCAUCGCUUUCUCUGUUUCCAAGAAGAACGUGACACUGCUGCUGGACUGCAAGAAGAAGAUGACCCGUCCCCUGCCCCGAGGCAACAACGCAGACGUUGACACCAAUGGUAUCACAGUGUUCGGAGCCCGUCUGCUUGAUGAGGAGGUUUUCCAGGGAGACAUCCAGCAGCUGCUGAUCGCCUCCAACCCCCAGGCUGCCUAUGACUUCUGUGAACACUACAGCCCCGACUGUGACUCCCCUCUGCCCAAGACCCAGGCUCAGGACCCCAACACAUACAAGAAGGCAAAUGGAAAAGCAGCCCCCACUAAAACCACCCCAGUUAAAGCCAAACCCACUCCUAAGCCAGCCAAGAAUGGAUCAUACAAACUUGUGGUCAAGCCACCUAUGCCCACCAAAGCUCCCAAGUCCUCCACAGCCAAGCCAUCCAAAGCAAAGCCCACUGCAGUAGAGGUUCUCUUGUCUAAGAUCAAGCCAACAACAGCAGCUAAAGCUAAGCCCACAGCUGCCCCAGCUAAGAACGGCAAUGGUAAACCUGCUGCUGAGAAGAAACCAAAUGGUGCAGCUAAAGCUAACGGCAACGCAACUAUAGAAAAAACUAAUGGCAAUGGCAAAGCUACAGCUGAAGCUAAGCCUACCGCUCAGGCCAAGGUGAAUGGAAAUGGCAAUGGCAAGGUUGUAACUGAGAAGAAAAUCAAUGGUAAUGGAAAUGGGAAAUCCUCAGCAGAAAAGAAAGCCAAUGGGAAUGGAAAAGCCACUGUUGUGUCUAAGGCUAAUGGAAAUGGUAAUGGCAAAGCUACAGCAAAGAAAGCCAAUGGAAAUGGCAAAACCAUUGAAGUUAAAGAGGUUAAAGUCAAAGUUAAUGGCAAAGCUGAGAAUAAAGUCAAUGGUGAGGCUAAGGCUAAUGGCAAUGGCAAAGUUAUUACUGUGGUAGAGAAGAAAGCUGUUACUAAUGGUGCUGCAAAUCAGGCAAAAUCUGAAACCACUACAAAAGCAAAGACUGAGAAAGUUGUUAAAGUAGAAAAGAUAGAAAAGACUGUGGUCAGUGCAGCUAAAUCAGCUGCCAAAGUACAAGCUACCAAGGCACCUAAACCCACAAAGACAUCAAAACCUGAACCUACAAAAAUGGCAAAGGCUGUGGCAACCAAAGCUCAAGUGAAGACAGAGGUCAAAGAGGUCACCAAAGUUAAAACUGUGGUCACCAAAGUUCCUCUGGUCAAAUCAACAACGAACAAAGUAGUGAAGACUGCAGUCGAAAAGGUUCCCAUCCCGAAGAAAGUAGCUCCAACACCUGCCGUUGUCCGGCCCACUCCACCCAGACCUACGAAAUCCAAGGUGGUUUUGGACAUUAAUGUCAAAUCCCAGCACAAACCCUUCCCACCCUUUGGCAAGACUAUGCUGAGUGGAACUGCAGUCCCAGCGAAGAAAAUUACCAACGGUUAUCAACAGGAUGUAGACACUGAAUUUGUCGAGGCUGGCCACACCGCUACAGAGACUGAUUAUUACUAUGAGGAGACGGUCCCACUGCCAGAGGGUGAGGUGAUUGGACAUGAAGAGAUCCCUGUGCAGCCCCAGGUGGAGCCAACACUGGAGGGAGAGAAGGUAGAUGUCACCAAGGCAGGCGGUGCAGAGGAGGAGGUCUUCACUGAGGAGUAUGUGACUGGGGACGUGGGCCUUAAGGAAUACGACUAUUCCUACAGGGACUACAAUGAGCCAUUAACGGAGACUGGAGAGGUCGAUGGCAGCAUGGGCCCCGCCCUGUCUGCUGUGACAGACGAGGGAGGCGCCGCCGUCAGAGGCCAGAAAGGAGAGAAAGGAGAACCUGCUGUCUUGGAGCCUGGUAUGCUGAUUGAAGGACCUCCUGGACCUGAGGGACCUGCUGGUCCUACCGGCCCCCCUGGCUCUUCUGGACCUCCUGGCUCUGUUGGCGACCCUGGUGAGAGGGGCCCACCUGGUAGACCUGGUCUGCCUGGAGCUGAUGGAGUCCCUGGACCUCCUGGAUCCUCAGUCAUGCUGCCUUUCCGUUUUGGUCAGAGUGGAGGAGAUAAGGGUCCUGUUGUUUCUGCACAGGAAGCUCAGGCAGCAGCCAUCUUGUCUCAGGCCAGGAUGGCUCUGAAAGGACCUCCUGGACCAAUGGGAUACACUGGACGCCCUGGACCCCUGGGAAGUCCUGGAAGUCCUGGUCUGAAGGGGGAGAGCGGAGACCCCGGUCCUCAGGGCCCCAGGGGACCCCAGGGUUUGCUGGGACCUCCAGGCAAAGCAGGAAGAAGAGGCCGUGCUGGAGCUGAUGGUGCCAGGGGGAUGCCAGGAGAGCCUGGAACUAAGGGUGACCGUGGUUUUGAUGGUCUUCCUGGUUUGCCUGGUGACAAAGGACACAGGGGUGACACAGGCCCAAUGGGACCCCCAGGAUCUCAAGGAGAGGACGGAGAGAGGGGAGAUGAUGGAGACGUUGGACCCAGGGGUCUCCCAGGUGAACCAGGACCUCGUGGUUUGCUCGGACCCAAAGGUCCUCCUGGAAUCCCUGGACCUCCUGGUGUACGAGGAAAUGACGGGCCCCAAGGUCCCAAAGGAAACUUGGGUCCCCAAGGAGAGCCAGGACCUCCAGGUCAACAGGGAACCCCAGGAACUCAGGGAAUGCCGGGACCUCAGGGACCUGUCGGACCCCCAGGAGAGAAAGGUCCCACAGGAAAACCAGGUCUGCCAGGAAUGCCUGGUGCUGAUGGCCCUCCUGGUCACCCAGGAAAGGAGGGGCCUUCUGGCACCAAAGGAAACCAGGGUCCCAACGGUCCCCAGGGAGCUAUUGGCUAUCCUGGUCCUCGUGGCAUCAAGGGAGCUCAAGGAAUCCGUGGUCUGAAGGGCCACAAGGGAGAGAAGGGAGAAGAUGGUUUCCCUGGAAUUAAAGGAGAUUUUGGUGCCAAGGGAGAGAGGGGUGAGCUUGGAGUACCAGGGCCCAGAGGAGAGGAUGGUCCAGAGGGGCCAAAGGGUCGCGUCGGACCCCCUGGUGAGAUCGGACCAAUUGGUCUGGUUGGAGAGAAGGGUAAACUUGGUGUACCUGGACUUCCUGGAUAUCCUGGAAGACAAGGACCCAAGGGAUCUCUCGGAUUCCCAGGAUUCCCUGGUUCAAACGGCGAGAAGGGAACACGGGGUCUUUCUGGCAAACCAGGACCAAGAGGACAAAGAGGACCAACGGGCCCCAGAGGGCAGAGAGGACCGAGGGGCGCAACCGGGAAACCAGGAGCAAAGGGAACUUCAGGAAGUGAUGGCCCUCCUGGUCCUCCUGGAGAGAGGGGAUUGCCUGGGCCUCAGGGAGCCAACGGUUUCCCCGGACCAAAGGGACCUCCUGGACCACCAGGAAAGGAUGGACUGCCUGGACACCCCGGGCAGAGAGGAGAAGUUGGUUUCCAAGGUAAGAUGGGUCCACCUGGGCCUCCUGGAGUUGUUGGACCUCAGGGUCCAUCAGGAGAGACCGGCCCCAUGGGCGAGCGUGGCCACCCCGGACCCCCAGGUCCACCUGGAGAGCAGGGACUUCCUGGUCCCUCAGGAAAGGAGGGCACCAAGGGAGAUCCUGGACCACCAGGAGGUCCUGGUAAAGAUGGGCCCUCAGGACUGAGAGGCUUCCCCGGAGAGAGAGGACUGCCUGGAACCCCUGGAGGUGGAGGACUGAAGGGAAGUGAAGGACCUGCCGGACCUCCUGGACCUGCUGGGUCUCCUGGUGAGAGGGGACCAGCUGGUACUGCUGGACCUGUUGGACCUCCUGGCAGACCAGGCCCUCAGGGGCCUCCAGGACCUGCUGGAGAGAAGGGAGUUCCUGGCGAGAAAGGGCCAAUUGGCCCAGCAGGUCGUGAUGGAGUGCAGGGUCCCGUGGGUCUGCCUGGCCCUGCUGGACCACCUGGAGUACCUGGAGAGGACGGAGACAAGGGUGAGGUUGGAGAGCCUGGUCAGAAGGGCGCCAAGGGAGCGAAAGGAGAGCAUGGUCCUCCUGGUCCACCUGGGCCAAUGGGUCCCGUCGGUCAGCCUGGUCCUGCUGGUGCUGAUGGAGAGCUUGGACCAAGGGGCCAGCAGGGGCCUUUUGGAGCUAAAGGUGAUGAAGGAUCCAGAGGAUUCCCAGGAGCCCCAGGACCAAUCGGACUGCAGGGAUUGCCAGGACCACCAGGUGAGAAGGGAGAGACAGGAGAUGUUGGACCUCUGGGUCCUCCAGGUCCUCCAGGACCCCGCGGCCCUGCUGGGCCCAGUGGUGCUGAUGGUCCUCAAGGUCCUCCCGGUGGUUUGGGUAAUCCUGGACCUCUUGGAGAGAAGGGAGAGCCUGGUGAGGCUGGACCACCUGGAAUUGUAGGAGAGCCUGGAAAGAAGGGUCCUCGUGGAGAGCGUGGAGAGAAGGGAGAGGCCGGACAACCUGGAACUGCUGGACCUGCUGGAGGACGAGGACGACCUGGAGACGACGGGCCCAAAGGAAACCCUGGUCCUGUUGGCUUCCCUGGUGAUCCUGGUCCCCCUGGUGAGGUUGGACCCAGAGGUCAAGAUGGCGCCAAGGGAGAGAGAGGAGAAGACGGCGAACCUGGAGAAUCUGGCUCCCCUGGACCUCCUGGUGAGAACGGACCUCCCGGGCCCCCAGGAAAGAGGGGUCCUGCUGGAACAAGAGGACCUGAGGGACGUCAGGGAGAGAAGGGAACCAAGGGAGACCCAGGUGCUGUUGGACCACCAGGUAAAACUGGCCCCGUCGGUCCCCAGGGCCCACCAGGAAAACCAGGAACAGAAGGUCUCAGAGGACUCCCAGGAUCAGUGGGUGAGCAAGGAUCCCCAGGACCUGCUGGACAGAAAGGACCACCUGGACCUCUUGGUCCACCCGGUUUGCCCGGUCUGCGUGGAGAUCCCGGUGCCAAGGGAGAGAAGGGACAUCCAGGUCUUAUUGGUCUCAUUGGACCCCCAGGAGAGCAGGGAGAGAAGGGAGACCGAGGUCUGGCUGGUCCUCAGGGAUCCUCCGGACCUAAAGGAGAGCCUGGAAUGCCUGGAGGCACUGGACCCAUCGGCCCUGCUGGUCCUCCUGGUCUGCCUGGUCCUCAAGGUAUCAAAGGAGCUAAGGGUGCUACUGGAGGAGCUGGUCCAAAGGGAGAAAAGGGUGUACAGGGAUCUCCUGGCCCUCCAGGCCCACCAGGUGAGGUCAUUCAGCCCUUGCCCAUCCAGAGAAGUCCCAAGUCCAAGCGCUCCAUCGACGCCAGCCAGCUGCUCCCCGAGUCCGAUCCUGACAUGCCUGCAUCUGAUGCCGCUGGCACUGAGUUCCUGAUGGGCAGUGAGGGCAUGGAGGAAAUCUUCGGCUCUCUCAACUCCCUUCGACAGGAGAUCGAGACCAUGCGUUUCCCUCUGGGCACCCAGGACAGCCCUGCCCGCACCUGUCAGGACCUGCACCUCAGCCAGCCAGACCUCAAAGACGGAGAGUACUGGAUCGACCCCAACCAGGGCUGCUCCAGAGACUCCUUCAAGGUCUUCUGCAAUUUCACCAAUGGAGCAGAGACUUGCCUGUAUCCCAGCAAGAGCAUCAACACGGUGAAGAUGAGCUCCUGGGACAAAGAGACUCCAGGAUCCUGGUACAGUCAGUUCACCACUGGUAGUAAGUUCUCCUAUGUGGACUCUAAUGGCGAGCCUGUGGGCGUGGUCCAGUUGGGCUUCCUGCGUCUCUUGAGCGUCCAGGCCCGCCAGAACUUCACCUACAACUGCCACCGCUCAGUGGCCUGGUCCGACAGAAGCGCCAAGAACAACUACGAGAGGGCGCUUCACCUCCAGGGUGCAAACGAGGAGGAGCUGAGCUACGAGACCAACCCUUACAUCAAAGCCUUGGUCGAUGGCUGCUCUUAUCGUAAGGGCUUUGACAGGACAGUCCUGGAGAUCAACACACCACAGGUGGAGCAUCUUCCUCUGCUGGAUAUCAAAGUGUCAGACUUUGGGGAGAGCAACCAGCAGUUUGGCUUUGAAGUGGGACCUGUCUGUUUCCAAGGCUAAAAACACACAUAUACACACACCAUGCAGAGAACAACACAUGCAAAUGCUCACACACACAUGCACUUAGAGACACACUUAUAUAUAAUAAACAUACAUGCCCAGUAAUUUGUAAAUUAACUUGUAAAUGAUAUGAAAUACACACACAAACCCACAGACACACACACACUUACACACACAGAUGCUGUUGUGAGACAAACACGCACUCACACUCAAGUACGUGCCUGGGGAAAGCAACAUCCUCCCAACAAUUAAUGGACGUCAAAAAAAAAAAAAAAAAGAGGAGAGAAAUAAAAAAAACUCGCGAAGAGGAGACCAUCGCUCAGGCGAACAAACGCGAGAAAGGAAGAAAAAACCAGGAGAGAGUGUUCUUCGGAAUAAAACAGUGUUUUCUUUACCAGCAGCGAAAGGGGCCGGCCUGAGAAAGAGAGCGCAAGCCGGCAACUUGAGGCCUGAAGCCCCCCGUCUCCGAUCCCCCUCUCACUCUUCUCUCCUCCCCGCUGUCUCUCUUUUUUCCACUCAUCUCACCUGCUCUACCUCCCCCCUCCUCCUCCCAAAAAAGGGUCACACUCAGACAUCAUUUCGAUUUCUUUAAUCCCACAUUGACAUUGCGAGCAGUUUGUUUGACAGUCACUUUUUUUUAUGACAAGAGGCUCCAUGAUGUUUUGAACAGUUAAACUGUGUUGUGGUUCGUGGCCUUGGCGUUUGUGGGGCAUUUAUUCCUUUAGUCAUUCAGAUAAAAAGUUGCUGAGAAUUGAAAGUUUUGAAUCAACUUUUCAUCUGUUUUGCAUUUGCCAGCCAGAACUACUCAUGAGCCACAAAUCUAAUCAAAACAGCAGACACCAAAACUGACAGGAAAAUGACAGCCAGUAGUCACAUAAACAUUUGUGGCAUCUCUGUAAGGGCUAACUUCUCUGUCUACUCCUGUAGUGACUUGUCAGUCAUGUUGCUCACAUUGGAAACACAGAGUAACUCUCAGCUCUUAUCUUAUUGCAUCAAAAGGAACCAAAGAAUUAAUGCCACCAGUUUCCACCCAGAACAAAAAGAGGGAACUGACCAAAUAAUACCAGCAGGGUCCUGCUUGUCAGACUGAUCUGUUCUUGUCUUGUUCAAACUGCCACCAAGUGAAUUUUUACAUUUUGUAAUAUUCUCCUUAUGACCACCUUGCAGUUUUAUUAAAACAGUCUAAAAAUGUGAUUCACAGCUCUAACUGACGAUUUAAAAAUCUUUCUGUUGAUAUGCAGUGAGGUCAGUGGAGUCCAGUGUGAAACAGGAUUUAUUAUUUUUUAACUGGACAAUCUGUCCUCAGCCCUGAGAGCAGCAGAAACUCUCUUCUGAACUGUUCAUUUGUUAACAUUGGACAAAACCUGCUGCGUGCAGUGAGGCAGGAUAGAAGAUGUGUCGAUACCUGAACCAGUGAAUUUAAAAGCCAUUAUUUUUGUAAACUGUGCUUAAUGUGAUGCUAUUGUACUUGCAUGUUACUGGUUCCUUUUAAAAUGGCUGAUGAUUCUUCUUUAAAUCAUGGAUCAUGCUACCAGGGUCACGACCACAGUCCAGUAUUUCCUGAGUCACUUUCUGGUUACUUUGAUUUUUGUUUUCCAUCCAGAACACAUUUUCUGACUUUGCAUCCAAGCACAGAACAUCAUCAGGGUUUAAAUAUGUACAUCAGAUUCAAAGUUCCCUCCUCUUUUUUCUGUAGCAGUGAAUAAAAAGCAUGCUUUACUGAAAGAAACUGUGUGGCAAGGUGCUAAUUAUACCAAAUCAUAAAAGUUUUAGUAUUCACUUUGAGUCCUCCAUUUUCUUUAGUCUCUUUUUUACAAUUUCAUGAAGCUUUUUACUGGGGAAAAUGUGCAUUACACUCCAUUUGUACAGAAAUAGUGAUAUUCUAUUGUAUUUAUUUAAAACAAACAGGGUGCUUUGAGAUUAAAAAAACAAGAACCACCAAAUAUUCCAGUCAAAUGUGGUAUAUUUCAUUUGUAUUUAUUUCCUGUAGCUGACACUUGAAGGUCAAGUGAAGCAAGUGACUUACAUGUUAAACUCACUACCAGCCUGAGUAAUGGUGCUUCUGUUCACGCCCUGUCCAAACUCCUUUUGUACAACCAAAGAAUCUGUGGCCAUAUUUUAUUGUAAUAUCCCUUUUUAGUGUUUUCAUCAACUGUACUGUGCUGUUAAAUUUUGCUUCCACUGUAAUAAUUAAAUGGUGACUCUCCA